AUGGACAUUCAAUUAUCUACGCUGCAGUCCACUCUGGCUGCCAUUUCCUCCUUGCACGCCUCUCACGCCUCCUCCCAGAAACGUCCCACGCCCUUCACCUCGGCGGUGCUCAAUCUGGAAAGGCAUGAUGUGCUGAGGUACAUUCGCGACGCCGAUCCGCUCGAUGCUGCGCUUUUUGUUUAUCCGCCCGUGCCCGAGCUGGUGAGCAGCGGAGGAGAAGGCGCUUUGACUGGCGCCGAAAGGGCGGGCACAUCGCGCUCAGGCACUCUGAUUGACGCAGAAAAGGCGGGCAGGUCACGCUCGUCUGCAUCGAACAGCGCGGUCGCGUCGACAUCGACGUCGACGUCGACUGUGAUGACGGAUGACCCCACUCAGCUGCUGGUACCGCGCCUGCCAGAGCCCAAGCAGUUUCUUCCACCCACGCCUCUUCGCGCAACGGCCUCUGAGCGCAGCAACUACAGCGCCAAAUCGCUGCUCCACGCUGCAAGGAAGCUGGUGGAGCUGCAUCAUCAUCACGCUCCUCGCGCGCGAAAACACAUUCAAGCGCUGGAGAAGCACAGAAAGUCGCUGGUGUCGAAUGCAGAGAAGCUCAAGAGCGAGAUGGAGCGUGCGCAAGUCGAGGUGGAUAGGUUGACCAAGCUUGGCAAGCAGGGAGGCGCGCAAGCUGCGGUUCUAGCACCAGCUGCGGUCGCACCACCAGCAGCACCAGCAAACGACGCUGUCGGCGCAUCGACGUCUGAGCAGAAUGAAAAGGAAGCGCGCGAAAGGCUGGUGAAGUUGGAGGAGGAGCACGACAAGGAGGAGAUGGAAGUCAUGGCCCUGCAAGAGAUGCACAAGGAUCUGCAAGAUAGGGUGAGUGAGGCUCGCGCUGCGGAUGCAGGAACGCAAGCUUUCAGCUUUUUCGCUGACCGCGUGGCACCGCGCUCGGCUUUGCUGUGUGCGUCAGCGCGCUGCACUGCUUCGCACACGUCAAGCGCAGGCUCGUGCGAAAGCGGCAGAGACGGCGACGGCGACAGCGACAGCAGAACGAGGAGAAAGGACAGCAUCCAGGAGCGAAAGCAGCGUCAUGGAAACGUCGGACGAGGUGGACAUGACGGUGCGCGCGCAGGAUGAGCAAGACUCGACAAUGUCAGCAUCGGGAGCGGAUCUGGACGACGCAAGCAUCUCUGGAGCAGAGCCGGAAUCUUCGGAUGAGUUGGAGCGCGUGACGGAGAACAUUUGGACGGCGAUGGGCGAUGUGCUGAGGUGUCUAAAGCCGGAAUCCGAGUCCGCGCCAUUUGCAGUCACUUUGAAGCUGCUGCAGUCGCUGGUCGGAGGCGCGCGGGCGGUAGUCUCGAGCCAUCAGCCCGGCGGCGGCGGCGGCGGUGGUGGCGACACUAGCGUCAAUAGCGUAGCGACGGGAACGACGGGCACAUCGGUUUCGGCAACAGGGAGCACCGCGUCUGCGCCUGCCACGCUGUCCGUCACUGCACCCACGCCCACGACGAUGCACGCCUGCUACAUUCUGAGCAGCAUGCUCAGCUCGCCUGCUCCACACGCUCUGGACAUGUCGGCGCUCAAGAGCAAUGCCAACGAUUGGUGGGCUGCUAGCGGCAGGGAAAACUUUGUAAAGGGUGGUGGUGCUGGUAAUGCGGAGGGCAUGGAUGAGAGCGGAGAGAGCUUGACCACAAAGGCCAUCUACCAGCUCGUCGCUCAGCGCAUCGUCAGACCCAAACACGUCGGCGGUGGAAGGAUUUUGAGCUUCGCUUGA